AUGGCACACUCAAAACGCAACACCUCCCUCCCCCACUUCACCUCCUACGAACGCGGCCUCCUGCGCUCAACAUGGGGCACCAAGCGCAGCGCAAUCGGCCGCGACAGCUUCCUAAGCUUCGGCUCCUGCCGUCUGUGUUUGCAGCCGGCGCGCGCACCAGUCGUCGCAUGCGCCAGCAACGGCGACCUGUUCUGUCGCGAGUGUGCGAUGAAUGAUCUGCUUGCACAGAGACAGGAGAUCAAGAGGUUGGAGAAAGAGCGGGAUGAGGCACGGAAGCGGAUUGCGGAAGAGGAGGAAUCGGCGUUGAAGGAGAUGAGGGAGAGGGAUUUGAGGGAUUUUGAGCUUGUUUCUAUGGGGCUUGAGAAUAGUGGGAACGGGAAUGGGAAUGGGACUGGGAAGAAGAGGAAGGCUGGGGAGGAAGAGGAGGCGUUGGAGAGGUUUAAGGCUAGGGAGGUUGAAGUUGAGGGGAAGAAGAAGAGGGUUUUUGAGCUUGGCGUGGAGGGAAUGGCGAGAUUUGCUACGGAGGAGAGGGAACGGUUGAGGAGGGAGUUGAAGAGUGAGAAGGAGUCUAGCAAAUCUGCUCUUCCGUCUUUCUGGGUCCCGUCUUUAACGCCUAAUACUGAUGCAAACGCGAUCGCUGCCAAUAAGGCUGUCAAGUUGACGCCCGUCUGUCCUGGCUCGACGGAGGAGUGCAGGCAUAGUUACUCGCUCAAGUCGUUGGUUGAUGUCAAGUUUACGGAGGAGAAGGCUUCCGAUGGGACUGUUUCCAGGAUUUGUCCGAGCUGCAAGAAGAACUUGAGUAAUGGGCUCAAGGCGAUGCUUACGAAACCUUGUGGACAUGUCAUCUGUGCUCCGUGUGUGUCGAAGUUUAUGAUCCCGCAUGAUCAACAUAUUCCCAAUCCGCAUGCUUCAAAGGAAGAGCAGGAGACGGCUGCUGCGUUGCACGGGCAAGUGCUAUGCUAUGUCUGUGAAACGGAUGUUACGGGAAAAUCAAAAGAUGGUAAUGGCAAUGGGACGAGCAAGAAGUCUAAGAAGAAGGAUAAGGAGACUAUUCAGCCUGGUCUGGUGGAGAUUUCCUCCGAAGGAACUGGAUUUGCCAGCAAAGGUGGGAAUAUGGGUAAGAAGAAUGGGGUUGCAUUCCAGUGCUGA